UGUUUAUCUCCCUCCCAUUCUCCUUCUUUAUGAGGGAAAUAAGUAACUUCCAUUUCGCGUCCCUGUUCCUGGAUUCCGGAGCGGCUCCGGCGUUAGGGAAGGGCAAAUAUUCCUCUCUAUCUCCUGAUAAGCAGCGUUUGUGCAUUCCCAGUGUGGCCCACAGGGUUCCCAUAACCUCCCCCAGGCAGAAUGGCAGGAACCCCAGUGAUACCCCCCGGUCUGGAGAACCUCCUGCAGAUGGAUGAGAUUUGGAUCAAACAGACACGACACAGCACAUUUCAGAACCACUGCACGUACGAUCUUCUAACCCCGAGUGGGGCCUUGUUGUACCGCGCUGAGGAGACAAGGGAAUGCUGUGGGCCUCGCUUUGAUGUAUCGGUCCAGAACCUCCACGGGCAACAAGUUCUUUCUCUUCUUCUGCCUUCCUCCUAUUGUACCUGGGAGACUCAGUUGCAGGUCUUCUCGGGCACUGGAACGCUCCUUGGGUACAUCAAUAAGACUUGGGCGAGUAUGAACUUCACUAUCCUGACGCCCACCAGAGAGAAGUCCCUGGAAGUGCAAGGCCCCGGCUGGGGCGGUGGGUUCAUGUCUGAUGUCAACUUCCAGGUGACCAUGUACGGCAGCCAUGCAGCCUUUGGCUUGAUCACUCGUGUCUGGAGAGGGGUGAAGAAGGAAUUUUUUAGCCCAAACGACUAUUAUGCAAUAAAGUUCCCUCGUGACCUGGAUGUGAAUGUGAAAGCUCUGUUGGUGGCCUGCACCAUUUAUAUUGAUUUUACUUAUUAUGAAGCAAGAAAUCGAAGGUCCUGAUUGGCCCUGGAGAACGUUUAAGCCUCAGUGAGAAGAGGACUUGGGUCGGCUGGGGCACAUGUAUGGGGCAAAUGUAUAGUUUGGGGUCACAAUGAUGUCCUCCCUUACCCCAAUCACAUCUCUGGGCCAUGGAUUUGUUCUUUACUUGCCCCGGGCCACCCUGACCCCCCACCCUUACCUUCAGGAGCUUCGGUGCAGGUUAAGGGAAGGGAGAGGCCAUGGUGGAUCUAAAUGCCCCAAUAUGGGGUAAUUGCAAUGUUGUUGUGUUCUUAUCCUACCACCCAGCCCCUGCUUUCCAAAGGCCACGCCCAGUAACGCUAAGCCACGCCCUUCAUGUCACCUCUUCCCACCCACUUCCAGGUCCGUGAUCCAGGAUGACAGAAUGAAAAUGAAGACAAUUGGGGGGUUACUGGUGGGCUGCCUCGUGCCCCAGGAAGGGGCAAGUUACACACAGUAUAUUGAGUUAUAUUGCACUGGGUUUAUAUAAAGCUUUAAUAGACUUUAACCAAAAAUGUCCUGUAGCCUCAAUAAAUAUCUGUAUUCUUUGUAUCUUGACAUUUUAUAGCAGAAAUAGUCACUUUUACUAGAAGGGGUCACUUUCAUGUUAAUAAAUGGGUUCAUUUGUUGGAGGCUGCCCUUGAUGUAUUUAGUUGUUUCUCUGUGUAUUUAUAGUGGAAAAGCAGCUGCCGCCUCUCUCUGUAUAUUUACAAUAAAUCUGUUUAUUUACAA